AUGACAUUAAAUUUUAAUGAAAUAUUAUUACGUGAUUCUGAAUUACUGAAAGUAUUAUCAACCUUAAAAGGGAUACCAAAAAACAUGACAAUAUAUGAAUUAAUUCAUAUACGUAAAACAAUACCAAAUAUUGUUGAAAAUUGGAUUAAUUUUAUGAAUAAUGAACAAUUUUUACAUGAUUAUGAAUAUGGUAAAAUAUCAAAAGAUGUUUAUCAUGAUUUACAAAAAUCAAUAGUAUUUCUUCGUAUAGUUCCAUGUGAACUCAAUAUUAUUAAACAAUUAAAAUCUUGUUUUAUUAUUCAACCAUCAUUAAUGAAUUUAAAUCAUAAAAUUCAUUUAGCCACCUUAUCAACAUAUAUACAUUCAUGGAUUAAUCCAAAUCAAUUAAUAUUAUAUGUUUAUCUUAUGAAUUCAAACCAUCAAAUCUAUGAACAUUUUUAUAUUCAUUUAAAUAAUAAAUUAAUAAAAACGAAUAUAGAAUAUUUAAAUAUCAAAUCAACCCAUCGUCAAGUGAUAUGGGAUAUUAGUUUAAUGAUUAAACAAUUACAAUAUUCUAAAUAUGAUUUAAUUGAUUCAAUAAUAAUGACAUUAAUUAAUAGAAAUGAUAUUAAUCAUAAUAUAGAUGAUAUUGAUUUGAAUUAUAUUGAUUUAUCCAAUGAAUUUCUAUGGAAAUCAAUGAUAAUCAAUAAAAAUGAUACAAUCAAUAAUAUACCAUUGAAUAAUCAAUAUGAAAUAGAACAAAAUUUGAAUGAAAAUAAUAAUGAUGAUAAUAAUAAUAAUAAUCUUAAUUUUAUAAAUGAUCAUGAUUAUGAUCUUAAUUUUACAAAUGAGAAUAAUAAUAAUGAUGAUGAUAUAAAUGAACAUAAUGAUCUAAUUAAAAAAUUCAAUAAUCAAUAUGAAACUAUAUUGAUUAAAAGAAAUAUAAUAAAAUCUAAUAAUAAUAAUAAUAAUAUUGAUAAUAUAUUAAGUGAUAAUACACAAAUUAUAUUAGAAAUGAAAACAUUAAGCAUUAUACAAUUAGAAAAUCAAUAUUUAUUAAAAAAACGUUUAAUACAACGAUCAUUUUUAAUUGAAUCUACUAAAUCAUCCAUACAACAUAUAACACAAUCAUGUCCAAGUUUUUUAGAUAAAAAUAAAUAUGAAACAAAAUGUUGUUUAUUUCGUUAUACAUUAAAUAAAAUGCAAAUGGAUCAAAAUGAUAAAUUAAGAUUUAUUAUAUUUCCACAUCAUUUACCAAUAAAUAUGUGUCAUGGUAGAUGUAUUGGACUUUACAUGCCGACAGAUAAUGCUCACAGCAUUCUAAUGAAUCGUUAUUUUUCUGGACUGGGUUCUGUGGAACGAGAAGCUAUCUAUAAUUCAAUGCCAUGCUGUGCUGCCAAUGAAACAAUACCAUUUACAAUACUUUACAAAGAUCAUAAAGAUCAACUGGUCACGGAAACUUUGCCUAAGGCUGUAAAAACAAAUUGUGCAUGCAGUUGAAUCACAUUAAUACAUUAAUAUGCACCGAAAUAACACAAAUCAUAUACAUACUACUGGAAAUUUAGUAGUAGGCAAUCAAUUGUUUUGAAAAUAAAAUAAAGCAAUAUUGUUAAAUUUCUAAAUAAU